AUGGCCACCCUUCACAUGGGACACCACCAUGGCCGAGAACUGACAUCACCAGAAUUUGGCGGAGGGGAUAACUUCACUGAAACCAGAGUCUGCAGCAUGAGCGAUGACUAUAUCCCGACACUGAAUCUUCACAUAGAUGUUGUGGAGUCAAAGGCAAAUCUGUUCUAUUUUUUUCUGGGCAAGAAGGUGAUUGAUUCCUUUAGUAAUGGCCUGAAACACCUCGACAACCUCAAGGGCACCUUUGCAAGUCUCAGUGAGCUGCACUGUGACAAGCUGCAUGUGGAUCCUGAGAACUUCAAGUUGAUGAUUGUGGUUGUGCUGGCCCAUCACCUGGGUAAGGAUUUCACCCCAGAGGCACAGUCUGCUUUUCAGAAGGUGGUGGCUGGUGUGGCCAAUGCCCUGGCUCACAAAUACCACUAAGCUACCUUUCCUGCUGUCUAUCUCAUACAAAAGGCCUUUUGCCCCAGAGAACAACUCCUAAGUAUUGGGCAACUUAUGAAGGCCUUUGAGCAACUGGCUUCUGCCUAAUAAAAUCAUUUUUAAUUGCAAUGGUGUA